AUGGAAGAUGAUGUUACAUCAACUCAAGAAGAGAAUACUACCAACAACAACAAUAACAAUAAUAACAAUAACAAUAGUAGAGGAGGAAGUCGUUUAGCUAGUAAUCUGGGAUUAAAAGGACCGUCUAGAAGUAUAUCACACUUGAAUACAAAAGAUCAACAAAGUAAAGAUAACUUGGCAAAGAAACAACAAGAGGAACAAAAGGAAAAUGAACGACUUGCAAAGGAGACACAAGAUAUAUUGGACGAUCAAGCACGUAGAGCAAAAGGUCAACUAGAUCAAGAAGAAGACGAUGGAAAUAUAUAUAUUUGGGGUACAUCUCUAAUUGCCAAAGACAUACAAAAAGAGUUUAGAGAUUAUAUAACAAACUUUAAAUUAACUAAAAAGAAAAGACAAUCUUAUCAUAAUCGAAAUAACAACAAUAAUAAUAAUGAAGAUGAUAGUGAUAUUGAUAUGGAUGGACCACAAGAUAAAGAUGAUGAUCAUAUGGACAAUAUUGACGAUCAAACACCAUUAUACUUGACAUUAUUUGGUAAACUAAGAGAUACAGCUGGAGCACAUUUAAAUAUCAAUCUAAACUAUCUACGUAGUUUUAAUCCAAAGUUGUGUCGUCAGUGGAGCAAGUAUCCAACUGAAAUAUUACCACUUUUGGAAAAAGAGCUCAACGACAUAUACAUGGAAUUCUUAGAGGAUACAUACCAAGAUGAGAACCAUCCCGAUUACCAAGACCCACAAGAUUUUCCAACCAUUGAAAUUCAUCCAUUCAACUUGGGUACUAAUACUCCAAUGCGUGAAUUAAAUCCAACUGAUAUAAAUCAAUUGAUAUCUAUAAGAGGAUUAAUCAUUAGAACAAGUUCAGUUAUACCAGAUUUAAGAGAAGCAUUAUUUCAAUGUACUGUAUGUAAUACAGAGGCAAGGAGUGAAUUGGUAAAAGGAAAGAUUAUUGAACCUGCUGCAUGUCCAAAUCAAAAUUGUAAGGCCAAGCAGGCAAUGAUGUUGGUUCACAAUCUUUGCACAUUUGGCGAUAAACAAUAUAUAAAACUACAAGAAACUCCCGAUGCCAUCCCAGAGGGUGAAACUCCUCACACUGUGGCUCUCUUUGUCUAUGGUGAUAUGAUCGAUGUUGGAAAACCUGGUGAUCGUGUUGAAGUUACUGGUGUAUUUAAAGCAAAUCCAAUGAAAGCAAGUGCAACUACAAAAACUCUAAGAUCAAUUUAUAAAACUUAUAUUGAUGUAUUACAUAUUAAAAAAACAGAAAAAGGAGAUUUUAUUGUAGAUAGUGAAAAUGCAGAUUUAAUGUUUGAUGAUAUUCAUGAUGUUGAAAUAUCAGAUGAAAGAAUAACAGAGAUUGAAAGUUUAGCCAAAAGAGGUGAUAUUUAUGAUUUGAUUACUAAAUCGUUGGCACCAAGUAUAUGGGAGAUGGAUGAUGUUAAAAAGGGAAUAUUGUGUCAGUUGUUUGGUGGAUCUGACAAGAACAAGGGCAAUACAGGUACGGGUGGAAGAUUCCGUGGCGACAUUAAUAUUUUGUUGUGUGGUGACCCGGGUACGUCCAAGUCACAGAUGUUGUCGUAUGUGCACAAGAUUGCACCACGUGGCAUUUACACGUCGGGUAAGGGCAGUAGUGCGGUUGGUCUGACGGCCUAUAUCACGCGUGACCCCGACACGCGAGAGACGGUGCUCGAGAGUGGUGCCUUGGUGCUGUCGGAUCAGGGUGUAUGCUGCAUCGACGAGUUUGACAAGAUGUCUGAUCAGACACGAUCUAUUCUGCAUGAAGUCAUGGAGCAGCAGACCGUGUCGGUUGCCAAAGCCGACGAGGCUGUUGAAGGCCUGGUCGAAGGCUACCUCGAAAUGCGUAGCAAGGGUGACGGAAAGCGGACCAUCACGGCCACCCCGAGACAGCUAGAGUCGUUGAUCAGACUCUCCGAAGCACAUGCCAAGAUUAGACUCUCUGAAAUUGUUGAGCCUCUCGACGUCCAAGAAGCCAUCCGUCUCGUCAGAGUGGCACUCCACCAAGCUGCCAUCGAUCCAACCACCGGUACCAUCGACAUGGAUCUCAUCACAACUGGUCGCAGUGCUUCCAACCGUCUUGAAUUAAAAGAAUUAAAAGAGUUUAUUUUAGAGGUUGUCAAUGCAAGAAAUACAACCUAUGAUACACUUCAAAAACUUUUCCUACUUGAUCCAAACCAACAACAAAGUCAACCAAGUCAACAACAACAAUAUCAACAUCAACAAAAUCAACAACAACUUAAUCCAAACCAAAGAUUUACAAAUGAAGAUAUUAAAGAAGCACUCAAACAAUUAAUAAGUGAAGAACAAAUUAGAAAUGAAGGUGGUAGUAUUGGUCAUAUGGUUUAUAAAAAAUACUAA